AUGGGAGGAGCCGAGCGCAUGAAGACUUUCCCCGCCCUCGUCCCCAUGGAGAUACAGAUCCAGGGGAAGGGCUUCGACGAGGCAGCGGCCGACAUCAAGAUCUCCUCUGCAGGCUGGGUGGCUGUGACUCCGCCUCCCGGGGAUGUGAUUGACGUGAAGGUGUGGUCUCCAGAGGGGGGCGGGGUCAGUGUGCGGGCGCCCUCUCUGCUGCCCCGUGUGGUGACACUGAAAGGAGCGCGUAUCAGGAAGUCUGCCGCCUACAAGACCUGCAAACCCCCAGCAGCUCCGCUGUGUCGCACCAGCCAAUCAGGAGGCGGCAAGAAAAAGAGCAGAAAGUGA